UGCAAAUUGCUCUUUAACCCCAUCAUUCUCUCUAUAAAAGUACGCUGAUUCUCUCAUUUCUUGGAUUAAGGAUUUUCUAGCGCGCGGCGAGGGUAAAGAGCCAUGACUACCAAAGCCAAAGAGAAGCCAAAACCACCUGUAACUUCCAUCCCUUCCUCUCCUCCUCCUCCAUUGGAAGAUCUCUUCUCCAAUCUCUAUCGUCACUCUCAGAACUCCGAAUUCAAGCAGGCCGUCAGAGUUGCUGAUCAGAUUCUUUCUAUUGCUCCUGGUGAUGAGGACGCAAUGCGUUGCAAGAUCGUGGCCCUCAUCAAGUCUGAUGAUAUCGAUCGUGCUUUGGCUACUGUUCAAGCUUCUGAGAAGCUCCCAAUUGAUAUUAGUUUUUACAAGGCAUAUUGCUUGUACCGACAAAAUAAGCUUAACGAAGCUCUGGAGGUACUAAGAGGGCUUGAGAAAAAUGCCAGUGUUCUGCAGCUGGAAGCACAGGUUCUUUAUCGAUUAGGCAAAACAGAUGCCUGUGCAGAUAGCUAUGAGAAGUUGCAAAAGUUGAAGAUUGACUCACUAGAUUUGAAGACUAAUAUUAUCGCUGCUUUGAUAUCGGCUGGUCGAGCUUCUGAUGUUCAAGGUGUAGUGGAUCCCCAAAAAGUUACUUCAAGUCGCAGCUUUGAGCUGGUUUAUAAUACAGCUUGUUCAUUGAUUGAAAAGAUGAAAUAUUCCGAUGCAGAGAAACUGUUGCUUGCUGCUCGAAGGAUGGGUCAGGAAAUGCUGAUGGAGGACGAUUUUGCUGAGGAGGAAAUUGAGAAUGAGCUUGCUCCGAUAGCUGUCCAGCUUGCAUAUGUCCAACAGUUAAUGGGACAACCCCAAGAAGCUUUGGAGGCUUACACAGAUAUCCUGAAUCACAAUCUAUCAGAUGCUUCCUCUUUAGCAAUUGCGACGAACAACCUUAUUGCCUUGAAGGGAGCAAAGGAUGUUUCAGAUGGGUUGAAGAAACUGGACAGGUUCAUAGAGAAAGGUGCAGGUUCACAGCGCUUUCAACUCGCUCAAGGUCUAGAGCUCAAGCUGUCCUCUAGGCAAAAAGAAGCGAUUUAUGCUAACCGCUUACUUCUAGUCCUCCAAGCCAACAAGUUGGAUCAGGCUCGAGAACUGGAGGCUGCAAUCUCCGAGAUGUUCUGUGACACCCUAAUUUCUGCCCUUCUCAAAGCCUCUCUGUUAGCCCGAGAGAACAAAGCCACCAAAGCCGAGGAAACCCUUGAACAAUUUGCCAAUCGUUUCCCUGACAAGGCAAAGCCUGCCCUCCUUGCCCUAGCCCAACUCGCAGCCGCCUCCAACCACCCCCUUGUGGCUGCCAACUCCCUCUCUCGCAUCCCUGAAAUCCAACACCUCCCCGCCGCUGUGGCCACUUGCGUGGCCCUCCUUGAGCGUGCCGGUGCCCUAGACAAGGCGUAUGCCUUGCUCGACGCUGCUCUUCGCCAAUGGUCCAAUUCCAAAGCCGAUGUGCCCAAGCUCGAGCUCAUCGUCUAUGCAGCCGCUUCCUUCAAGCUCAAGCAUGGUCUUUUUGUCGAGGCCGCUAAGCUCUAUGACGAGGCAGUGAGGAGGUUUGGUGGGGUUGAAGCCUUGGUUGGUGCAGUCAUUGCGGCUGCUCGUGCAGGUCAAAUAGAGAUGGCAGAGUCUUUUGAGCAUAAGCUAAGGGCUUUGUCGAGUGUUGACGUUGACAGCCUUGAAAAGAGCUCUGGUGCUGGGGUUAUGGGGAAGCCUAUAGAGGUUGCUUCUUUAUCUAUAGAAGAAGAGGAGAAAGCAAAGGCAAGGGCGAAAAGGAGGAAGAGAAAGAGAAAGCCAAGGUACCCGAAAGGGUUUGAUCCUGCAAACCCUGGUCCUAUGCCGGACCCUGAGAGGUGGCUUCCAAAGAGAGAGAGAUCGAGUUAUAGGCCAAAAAGGAAGGAUAAGAGGGCAGCUCAAGUGAGAGGGUCCCAAGGGUCGGUUGUGAGAGAGGGACCGGCAAAGGGAGGUGGGAGUCAGAGUGGGUCUCAUCAAAGUGGAAAUGCUGAAGCCUCGACUAGCAACAAGGCCCCAGUCGCUGGUUCAAAGUCUAGGAAGAAGUCUCGGUUUUGAGGUGGUGAAGUUAAGGGGCAUGCUCUUUGUUGUUGUUGUUUUGUUUCGCAUCAACAAAAAGCCCUCUGAAACUUUUGUUGGUUGUUAUGGGUUAGGUUUCGGGAAAACUAGGAUUAGGAUUUCUGACUUGUGCAGUCAUUUUUGUUAUGAUUUUUGAAAGGGCUAUAGAGAUGUCUCAUGUGGUUUUUGAUAAUGCACACUUAUGUUCACAAUAACAUGUUCUUGCCUUAUUGAUUGUUUUGUCC